AUGGAUUCACACGCUGGCUUCAAUGGAGCCCUCAACCCGGAAGUCCUGACACUGAAAGUGAGGAGUCUUCCAUCACCAUUCUUCUCUCUUGUCGUCAUUCCAAUCCUGUCGGUUCUUGGGUGGUACGUUGUCUCGUGGGCUACCAACCCGUUGAAGGAGUACCCUGGCCCCUUCCUUGCAGGCUUUACCAACUGGUGGAGACUCUACCAGACCCGGACUGGCAGAUAUCAUGAGAUCAUCUAUGACCUUCACAAGAAGUACGGACCCAUUGUCCGUAUCGGCCCCAACACUCUCGACCUCGAUUACCCCGAGUUGAUCAAGACCAUCUAUAGCACUGAUGGAAAGUGGCUCAAGACUGAGUUCUAUGAGAACAACAGCGCCAUCGUCAAUGGAAAGAUCACAUACCAUAUCUUCAGUACCACAAGCCCAACUGAGCACGCCAAGAUGAAGCGUCCAGUUGCCAAGUACUACUCGAUGAGCUAUGUUCAAGCUCUGGAGCCCCAUGUUGAUGUUGUUCUCAACGACUUCUGCAAGUACGUCGAGGAGCGCUUCAUCAACGUUCCCGGUGGACCAAAGGAACUUGACUUUGGUGAAUGGCUCGGGUAUCACGCUUGGGACCUCAUCAGCUCCGUGACCUUCAGCCGUCGCUUCGGCUACAUGGAGCAUGGCAGUGACUUCGACGGGACCAUUGAAAAGGCCGAGGCCUCCCUUCGCUACUUCCAGACAGUCGGUCAGAUUCCGGUCCUUGACUACCUCCUUGACAAGAAUCCCGUCAAGCGUGUCGGCCCUCCCAACCUGAUUAACCCUGCUCGCAUUGCCGUCGAGUCCUUCGUGGCCCGCCUCCAAGGCAAGGACGAGAACUAUGACCCCAAGCACCCGGAUUACCUGCAGCAUUUCAUCGACUCCAAGGAGACCCAUCCGGACAUCGUCGAUGAUAACCAGAUCAUCAGCGAUGUGCUUGUCAACUUGCUUGCUGGUGCCGACACCACUGCCGUCGCUCUCCGUGCCGUCUUCUACUACAUGCUCAAGAACCCGUCCGUCUACAACAAGGUGUCCGAGGAGAUCCAGGCCGCUGGUUUUGACCGCUCUAAGCCCGUUCCCUAUUCCGGCGCUCGCCAGCUCCCCUAUCUUGAAGCCUGCGUUCGCGAGUCUCUCCGUAUUCACCCUGCUGCUGCUAUGCUUCUUGAGCGAUACGUUCCCGCUGGCGGCAUCACACUUCCCGACGGCUCUUUCGUUCCUGCUGGUACCGCUAUUGGUCUCAACCCUUGGGUCGUCAGCCGGAACAAGAGCAUAUUCGGCGAGGACUCUGAUGUUUUCCGUCCUGAGCGUUGGCUGCAGCAGCCUGGUGAAGAUGAUGAGACAUUCCGUGUUCGCAUGCAGAAGUGGAACGCGGCGGAUUUGACCUUCGGUAAUGGUUCGCGUAUUUGCACUGGCAGGAAUUUUGCCAUGUUUGAGCUGUACAAGGUUUGUGCAACGCUCUUGCAUAGGUUCGAGAUUGAGUUGGCAGACCCGACCAAGGAGUGGAAGGUCUGGGGCUCUUGGUUCACCAUCCAGAAGGAUGUGAUUGCCAAGAUGAAGGUUAGGGCUUCGGACAGAACCACUGGCGGGUCAGGCGGCACUGUCACCACCGUCUCGACUUUGGCCCAGUUCACUGCGGCUGUCAGUGAGAAGAACACCGCUCCGGCUAUUGUCGUCAUCAAGGGUGUAAUCAGUGGCAAUGAGAAGGUCAGAGUCGCCAGCAACAAGACCAUUAUAGGUUUGCCUGGCUCAGGGUUCAAUGGUGUUGGCCUUCAUUUCCGCCGGCAGAGCAACCUAAUCUUGCGGAACAUCAUUUCGUCCUUCGUUGAAGCAGACAACGGAGAUGGGUUGAAGAUCGAGGAAAGCAGCAACGUGUGGGUGGACCACUGCGAGUUCUACUCCGCUCUGGUCAGCGACAAGGACUUUUAUGACGGUCUUCUUGAUGUUUCCCAUGGGUCCGAAUGGGUAACUGUCUCUCAUAACGGCUCCGAAGAUACUGGACACCUCCAUGUCACCUAUGCCAACAACUACUGGAAGAACUGUGGCUCGCGCGGUCCUUUGGUCCGCUUCGGCACCGCACACAUCUACAACUCCUACUAUGAGAAGGACUCGAAGCAAGUCGGCUAUGCAGUCGAGAUUGACAACGACUUUGGAGGCGCAAGCAACACUGCUCCCACAGGUAGCCUGACUGCUAAUUCGCCGCCGUACUCAUAUAGCCUUCUUGGAUCAUCGAAUGUCGCAGCUACCGUGCCGAAGCAGGCCGGUGCUAUUCUUGGCUUCUAG